AUGAAACGUCGAAAUAGUCAUGCUGCUGCUCAGGACAAUUCAGAUUUGAUGGAACCAUCAACCUCUGCAGAACAAAGCCUUAAAAAGGACUUUAUUUAUGUACAAUAUGCACCUGCAGGUCUUGAAGAAGACAAACUGUAUUACAAGCGAAUUUGUAUGGCACUGGACUACUACUACACCGGUCUAAUUGAUCUAAGCACUUUAGCUCAGACCGUUACUGUAGGUGUUGCUUGUAGAGUUGGUGACGUUCAUUUAACAAGGUUACUUUUGGAGGCCCGGUUUGGCCGGUUCUCUGAUGAUAGAGGCUGGUUUCCUAUGCAUGAAGCAGCGUUUGGAUUACACACUGAAUGUUGCCGUGUUCUUUGCGAAUCUGACGAACCUCAUUUGAAUGCUCAGGCCCAUGAUGGUGUCACUCCACUCUUACUUGUGUGUGGUAAGAGGAAAGAACAGAAGAAAGCUUGUGAACUUGCCAAGCUGAUGUUAGAUAAUGGUGCAGAUGUGAAUUUAAGUAGUCUUGAUGGUAUGACGCCGUUAAUUCAAGCAAUCAGGUCACAAAAUGAAGAGUUGAUUGAUGUGCUGUUAGACCGUGGAGCUGAUCCUUCGUUAACUUGGUACGGCAAUUGGUCAGCUUUACACGAGGCUGCUUGUCGACACGAUGCGAAAACUAUGGAACGUUUGUUGAACAUGGGUAUGGACAUUUUUGUUCUUGAUGAUGAUCAUCAUACACCCUUGCUAGUAGCCGUACAGGAACGCUGCAUUCCAUGUGUAAAGUUGGCUUUGGAAGCGGCAAAAGAUAGAGCGGCGGAGCUGGCGAAUAUUUGUCUUUUGAGGAAAAAUGUUUCAUGUGUGAUGGCUGCAGUGUCUGAAGGGUACGAUGAUGUUCUUGAAAUUUUGAUUGAUUAUGGCGCAGACUGUAACAUAAUUAUGGAUACUGAGUGGAGUGAUGCUAUGGAUGAGAAAAAAGGUAUGCAUGCAUUAACACAGGCUUCGCUGGCGAAGUUCUCUAGGUGUCUUAAAUUGCUGAUCCCACAUGUGAACAGGAUGGUGUUGGAAACGACUGCGAUUGGGCCAAUGACAGGGGCGGCCUAUAGCGGUUCAGCUACAUGUAUUAAGCUUUUGCUGGAGGCUGGCUAUUCCACAGAGGAAUUUGUGUAUUCUCCAGUUGUGCUGACUCUUAUACCUUACUUACGCCCUCUUUUCCUCAGGAACUGUUAUUCUCCUUUACGAGAGGCAGUCAGGCGAGGACAUACGGAGUCAGUGCGGUUGCUACUCGAUGCAGGAGCGAAAAUGGUGUAUUCCGAAGAAUGUUCCUCUCCAUUCUUGUUUGCCUUCCGGAACUCUCUUGACCCAUCGAUUCUUGAAUGUUUUUUGGAACAUAAUGUCGACCUAAAUUUUAUCAGUGAGGACUCUGAUUACGAAAUCCCUGAUGCGCUCUUAUCCAUUUUGGGGUCGGAGAAUCGCGAAAAGUUAAUACUGCUUUUGAAAUGUGGCUUAAAACCAUUUCUUGAACGCUGGUGUUCCUGCCACAAUAAGAAAAACCUGUCGUUACUAAGCUACGUCAGUCAGUUCGACUACGUUUCUGAUCUCAGAAAUCUAAUCGAACUCUUGGCUGCAUUUUCUACAUAUAUUCCGAACUGCUGUGGAGAAGUAGCAGAGUUGAUCGGCUGCAAAUUCCACAUUCCUUCGCUGUCGCAGCUCUGUCGCAUUUCAAUGCUCAGGUCCUUUUCUCCUGCUGAACUUCUCAACGAAAGUUGGUUAGACAAAGUGGGCCAAGUACCGAAGAAGUUGAGAGGUUUCGUCAAGUUCGAUACACCAUACCGUACCUUCAGAUGA